GAAGGGAGGGAGGAGGGAGGGAUCAGAAGGCAGCGCUGGCAAGGCUCAACUCGGCGGCCAGCCUGGAAAUCCUGGGUUGACUCGGGUGGGGAGCGAGCGGGAAGGCAGCUGAUUGAUUGUCGAGACCAGGGAGGCGAGCGGCAAGAUGUCCACGGACGAAGGACGAGGGGGAAAAAAAAGGCUGGAGCCAAAGGAGGCGAGGCCCGAGACAGGAAGACCGGUCGGCGACAGCCAGAGGCGAGAGGGACACUCUUUGUUGCCGCCAAUCCAGGCACUGCGACGGCCCGCAGAACGCAACCGGGACAGCCGACAAGCAGAGAGGACACAGGCAGGCAGACAGACGGACAGGCCCAUGGGCGAGCGGGGCUGCGAGCGGUGCUGCGAUCGGCCGAUGCGAUCAGCCGAUGCGAUCGGCUCAUGCUUGGGAUCGCUCUGUCUGAAAGUAACGUCGUUAGCACGGACUGACUAUCAGAGACGGCCGAGAACAUCUCGUUCUGUGCACGCUCUGUGCACCGAGGCGAUUGGGCGGCCUGUGCCAGGCACCGAGAAGGGGGCCGUCAGAGUCACGAAGCAAAGGCCAGGCGGUCUGCCUGCGGCCGCUGCAGUCGCAAAAGCAGCACCACACUCGGCGCCAGAGAUGCAUCGCUGGCCCGCAGAGCCGCAGCGCAAAUGCAGCCCGCACCAUGGCCACGAUCACAGCGGGCGCUGGCCAGGACGAAGCCGAGGAGGCUCCGUGGAUGCUCUCGCUGCAUAUCGCGGGCAUGUCGCACACGCCAUCGCAAAAGGAAAGGCUCGAGGCGUCCGCUGUGUUGAUUGCGCGAGCAACAGAGCAGAGCCGGCUGUCGGACCCAUGUCCAAUCCAAGCUCGAUCCAAGCUCGAUCCAUGUUCGCGGUCGAGAGGCCUCUUCGCCGGGCAUCAGCGCUGAUCGGGGGUGAUUCUGGCGGCCAAUAUAACGCUGCUUGCCGAGCCGUGCCAUGGACCGGCCGGGCGGCAGCAUUCGCCCAUCACCCCGGACCGAGCCGUGCGCACAACAUUGCGUGAUUGUAAAGUGCCAGAGGGGAGCUCAUCGCAUAUGCUGUAUUGAUCGAUCUGCUCUUGUUCCCGGCAUGGCAGGUAGAUCGGAUGCGGCCGCUAAACAAAGAUGUCACAGGACAAGAACAAGAACAGGGUCCCAAAGCCUGAGAUGCAGGAGUUGGAUUAGCGGC